AUGCAAUUCCGAAGCCAUGCGCUCCCACGUCGCAUCCACGCUCUACGCGCCCCAUUGAGCCCCGCCGUGCGCCCCGCCAGUGCAUCGUGUAGCCCGCAGCGUCGCCUCUACUCGCGCCGCCUCGACUCGGUCGGAGAGCGGCAGAACAUCGCCAUCCUCGGCGGCGGCAUCACCGGACUCGCCAGCGCGCACUACCUGACGAAGACGCUGCGCAAUGUCAACAUUACAGUGUACGAGGCGAGCCCGCGGCUAGGCGGCUGGCUGCAGUCCCAGCGUGUCGAUGUUCCCGGCGGCAGCGUGCUGUUCGAGCAGGGCCCGCGCACCAUUCGCCAGGCCAACAGCUCGCUGGUGACCACGCACCUGGUCCAAGACCUCGGCCUCAUCGAUGAAGUCGUCUACACGUCGAAGACGUCGCCCGCCGCUAGGAACCGCUAUGUAUACUACCCGGACCAUCUCGUAAAGAUGCCCGGCCCGGGAAUGGGUUUUUUCGAGUUGGCCUCGACCUUACUCUUCGAGCCAGCCUUGGCCGGCGCCUCAUCGUCCUUCCUGGGCGAAGUUUUCCGUCCAGGACGCGACGACGACGUCACCGACGAGAGCUUGGGAUCGUUCCUCGAGCGUCGGCUGGGCUCGCGCCAGGUCGCAGACAACCUGGUCUCGGCGGUCAUGCACGGCAUCUACGCUGGCGAUAUCUACCAGUUGAGCGCCAAGAGCAUAAUGCCUUUCCAGUGGUACCUGGAAGGCGAAUAUGGAAGCAUCCUGAAAGGGCUUUACAUGGUGCAGCAGGACAGUUCCGGCACCGUCCCCAUCACGCAGCGGGAAGCCGAUUUUAUCAAGAGCUUCCAGGACGAACCGGCGCUCGAGCGCGACUUUCUGCAAAAGCUUCGCGGCGCCAGCGUCUUUUCUUUCAGAAAUGGAAUCCAAACGCUUGUGAAUAGAUUACAUGACAAUUUGUCAGCCAAGGAAAAUGUCAAGUUCAAGACGGCGACCGAGGUCACUAAGUUAGAAAAAGACGAGGAGACGGGAAAGAUCAAGAUCCAUAGCCAAACCGACUCGUCUCCUCAAAUAAGCGAUCUGGUCAUAUCGGCCUUGCCUGCCAAAGCUCUGGCAAAGAUUGCAACGGCUGGCCAGACGACCGCCAGCCCUACCAACUUCUCGCCUCUAUCUAAUAUUUCUUCGGUCACGGUCAUGGUGGUGAACCUUUACUUCCCUGACAGGACGGUCCUCCCUGCCUCUGGCUUUGGCUACCUGCUUCCCCGCAGCAUACCCUUCGAGCAGAACCCCGAGCGUGCCCUGGGCGUCAUCUUCGACUCGGACGCGAUAGCAGGGCAGGACACGGCAGACGGAACGAAGGUCACGGUGAUGCUCGGCGGUCACUGGUGGGACGGGUGGGCGGCAGAGGACAUGUACAGCCCCGCGGAGGGCGUAGAGAUGGCACGUACUGUGCUGGCGCGGCACCUGGGCAUCAUGGCUGAGCCAACGGCGACGAACGCCCGCCUGCACCGGGACGCAAUCCCGCAGUACAAGGUGGGCCAUGAGCAGCGCAUGAAGGAUGCUCACUACGCGCUCAAGCGCGCGUUCGGCGGCAGGGUGCGCGCGGUGGGUAACUCUUACACGGGCGUCGGCGUCAACGACUGCAUCCGCGCAGCGCGGGACGUGGCGCGCCAGUUGAACGAUGAGGGCAUCAUGAACGACAAGACGGGUCUGGAGCAGUUUGUAGCGCCGCCCAAAUGGGUGCGGAUGGGCACGAUUGUGCAGCUGGGUCAAAGGAGACCAGCCAAGGCGGAAGAAGAGAAUACAAGGUAG